AUGUAUGUCGGAGAACGUCAAGACAUGCGCUGUACGGCACAUGCCUGCUCUUAUGUUCCAAGCUUAGCGCAAAUCAAGCGUUCGGCUUCAGGAGGCAAUAGGAAACAACAACAAAGCUACUUAGAAAAGCAGCGAUACGAUCAAAAAAUGUCUAGAAUUGUCGAUUUCCAAAAUCGCUUCAAUUACUGA